GAGACACACACACACACGCACGCACACACGUCCUCCAAUUUGAGCUGCUUUGAGCCACACUGUUUCAUCUGGUGCUAUCAGGGCUGAUAAGAGCCUCUUGUCUUUCUGGGUCUGCUGCAGCUGCUGUGUGUUACUGUACAGUUACAGAGAGACACAUUCAGACUGUGAUGGCAUGUCUGGGUCUUGUUGGUGAAGCUUUGUGAACCAGAACGAAGAUUUCCAUGAAUUUUAAACUUCCACGAAUGUAAUGGUUUUAUCAUCAUGAUAUCCACAUGGGUGUCAGCGAUUGUCACGCUGAUGACAUUUGUGAACGGAGUGAAAAAUGAGGAUGGCAUACAGGCCUGUGCAAAGGUCCACACAUCUAGCUCAGUGGUACCUUUGGGAUCCCCCGUGACAGCUACUUGUGUCAUCAAAGAGGAUUGCCCUCUCGUCACUGGACAAGCUUUUCAUAUAGAGUGGCGCCUUGAUGAUAGACUUAUUCUCAGCAGUUCUGAGACCAAUGAGAGCAGCAGGGUUUCCAAGGCUGUUAUAUCAAGCUUCAAUGAAACCCGAGCAAUCCUCACUUGCUGUAUCCAGACCUCUCCUCCUCAAGUAGUCGCAGGCGUGGAGAUCCGAGCUGGAUAUCCACCAGAAGUACCACAAAACCUCAGCUGUCAGACAAACCUCACCACCCCUCUUACCAUCACCUGUAGAUGGGACCCUGGGCAGCGGGAAACCCACCUGCCCACACAGUAUUCCAUCCAUACUGAAAUAUGGGAUGCAAAUAAAAAGCGUUCUUAUGAACUGCCAAAAGGAGUCCAUCACUAUACCAUCCCUCGCCCUGAGUUUGUGUUGUACUCUGACAUGAAAAUAUAUGUGAAAGCUGUGAAUGAACUUGGAGAGACAACCUCAGCACCGCUCAUUCUAGAACCCAUUAGUUCAGCUAAGUUUGACCCACCCAAGAUUUUUCAAGUGAUGUCUGAAAGGCAUCGCUGCCUGAGGCUGAGAUGGAAUUUGUCCCCACACCAGCUCUGGGUGGGGAGUAACAACAUGAACCUGGAAAUCCGACUUAAGUCUGCUGACAGCUCCCAAUGGAAUGACCCAGUCUUCGCGCGAAAUGCUAAACCAUCAAGGCCUGUUGACAUAUGUGGCCUCCUGCACUGGACUCAGUACUUUGCUCAGAUUAGAGUCAGAUACCAGCAGAGCCCCUGGAGUGAAUGGAGCAGCAGCCAGUCUGGUGUCACCUUGGAAAGCGCUCCCACUGGAAGCCUAGACUCAUGGAUGAAGAUAUCUGGGGAUCAUAUGCCCAAACAACUCAACAUAAGCUUGUUUUGGAAGCCAUCAAAACAAUUUCGUGCCAACGGCCAAAAUGUGUUAUAUAUCGUCUCAGUGCGAAAACUGCCAGGUGAAAAGGGACAGGUGUGCUCUACAAGGGAGAAUUACUGUACUUUCCAGCUUUCUGGGAGAGCAAAGAAAGUGUAUGUGAGAGCUGUAAAUGCAGCAGGGAUAUCUCCUCCCACUGAAGUUUGGAUUUACAAACCUAAAGCUCAUCCUGCGGUAUUAGAUGUCACAGCAGUCCCUUAUGGAAACAGUUCAUUUCUUGUCCAGUGGGAGAGCAUGGUUUCUUUAGGACUCACUGAUCAUGUGGUGGAAUGGAGACCUUUGUUAAAAACAGACCUCUCCCUCAUCCGGUUUGAAAUUGCUCAGCAAAACCUAUCCAGCAUCGUUAUAACAGGCAGCUUUGAGCCCUACAAGCCUUAUGGGAUCUCUGUAUAUCCAAGGUUUACGGAUGGGAUAGGCCUUCCUAAGACUGUUAAUGCCUACUUGAGACAAAAGGCUCCAUCCAUGGUUCCAAAAAUACAUGUUCAAAAGACCUGGAAUUCACGUAUUGAGCUUACCUGGGAUCAGAUACCAUUAGACCAAAGAAAUGGAAUUAUCCAAAACUACACAGUCUUCUACUGGGAUCAGAAGGGACCCAUUAACAUUGUGAAUGUAGACCCAGAAGAAAGAAGCGUGAUCCUCAAAGACCUCAACGUGUAUGAUGCUUUCUUAAUGGUUAGAACACUCGGUGGGAGCUUGAAUGGGUCAAUAAUUCAUUUUGAAUUUGAACCCUUUGAUGCAGUCGCUGUUGUGAUGAUUGUAAUUGCAUCUGGUUUGGGACUGUCAUUGUUGAUUAUUUUCAUAGUCCUGACUUGUUUCUCCAAACAAAAAAGGUUAAAGGGGUUUUUCUGGCCAACUGUUCCAGAUCCAGUUAACAGCAGUAUCCUAAGAUGGGCAUCAGAAUCAACACAGUAUACUCAUCCAUCAUUUGACAGCGAGGAACCCAAUCCAAUAUACUUGUCCCACCUCAGCUUCUUGGACCUCCCUAUGAAAUUAAGCAAAGAGGAGGAUGACCUUUGGAUAAAGAGUGCAGAGGAGACCAGUGACCUGGGAGAGUCCAUUUGUGGUUCGCCGUUCAUCACCGAAUACUCUGGCUCAAACAGUGACUCGGUCCCCUAUGCUACUGUGAUGUUCUCUGGUCUGUGUAACAGCCCACCACCCAAAGAGCCUCACGUCUACCUGCGCUCUGAAUCUACACAGCCCCUCUUAGAGACAGAGGAACCUUUCACUCCAAAGUGUUACCAGAAUCUGGUGAAUGAUGGGAUGACAGGGAAACAGUGUUUUUUUGGGCCAAGCCACGACUGUGCACCCAAAGAAGAGACAGACCCAAGCGGCCUUUGGGAAGACUUUCCUUUUCUGCGAGCAUUAACCAUGAAUGAUACUCAAAAUGACUAAAACAGCAUUGUAAUUGUAAGUGUAACUGCUUUGUUAGAGGCUUACGAGAAUCUAUGAGAAGUGAAUUUAAUGCGAUAACUUAGCACAGAACAUGGCUGUAAAUGUCAUAGCUUCUAGCAAAAUUUAUUAGAUUGAAAUAAAUCAUGUGGAUAUUUAAUGAUUAUAAUGGCAAAGCUUUAAUAUGCUUUGUAAAUAUGCCACCUUUGCAGAAAGUCUUUUUUUUGUUGUUGUUUUUUUCACCUUAAACUAUGUUGUAGAGAUUAUA